GCUGCGCCCGCCUACAGCCGGCUCAGCCGACAACUCAGCAGCGGCAUCUCCGAGAUCCAGCACACGCCCGACCACUGGCGCGUGUCCCUGGACGUCAACCACUUCGCCCCCGAGGAGCUGACGGUCAAGACCAAGGAAGGCGUGGUGGAGAUCAGCGGCAAGCAGGAAGAGAGACAGCAUGAGCACGGCUACAUUUCCCGAUGCUUCACUCGGAAAUACACGCUUCCCCCUGGUGUGGACCCCAUCCUGGUGUCUUAUUCCCUGUCCCCUGAGGGCACGCUCACCGUGGAGACCCCGAUGCCCAAGCCAGCCAGCCAGUCAUCAGAGAUCACCAUCCCUGUCACCUUCGAGGCUCGUGCCCAGCUUGGGGGCCCAGGAGCUGGGAAGUCCGAGCAAUUUGGAACCCAGUAAAGGCCUUUGCCCUGCUUCACACCCACAUUAGCUAUCACUGACCAUCCCCACCUGUCAGCCUGUCUGCUCUUUUGAUAGGUUUAUGUUCUGUUUUUCUCAAAUAAAGUUCAAAGCAACUGCCAAAAAAAAAA